GUUACAUCCACCAUGGCCAGUAAAUGUUUGUGGGCUGUCAUAGCAACCAGGAGUAAGCGAUUCUCCAAGUGAUGCAAGAAACGAAUUUUUUAUCCAAGAAAAUUAUUUGAACAUUGAAAAAUUGCUUUCGUGCUAAAGUUUAAAGAUUUUAGCGUCCUACGCAUACAUAUUUACUUAUGGAUUUGCAACCGGUGGAUUAAGUGGUAAAAAAAUGUCUUCCGACGAUUCGACCAAUACCAGUUCAUCACGGGGUGAAUCCGAGAGUGAAAAUGAAAAGGAGGAUGACGCGAUAGAAGAAGAGGAAUUCGUAGAAGAAGGAGAAGAUGAAGAGGAAUGUGUCCUAGAAGAAGAAGAAGAAAUGGAUGAGGAUGAGGAUGACAAAGAAAAUACUUCAAGGUCAGAUGAUGUGAUUAGUGAAAAUUCUUCUUCUGAUGAAUCCGAGAAUGAAAAUGGCUUGGAGCGUCUGUUUAAAGUACCUGGUUCAGACGACGAACAAGUAAUGGAUGGGGGUACUGGAAGUGCAAAGCGGAAAUUGAAUAGCCAAAGUAAUUCGGGGCUUACCUCAACUCUGCAUGUUGAGGCUUGGUUAAGCACACACGGCUAUGGGCUUGCAGAGGGGAACGAGGAUCCAAUUUUACCCAUUUUGCAAAACAUCUCGAACCAUGCCUGGAUAUUCCUACCACUUGACCAGGAAAGUUACCAGGAUUUUGAAAACGAAUGGAAGUGGGUAACAGAACGUCUUGAUGACAACCAGCGAUUCAAGUUUCUUUCUGCACUGUGGCGAGCUAGAGAUAUGGGCGGCUCGCAUGCCAUUUCUCAACAGCAAUCGCUCAUCAGCCAAUUCUUCAAGACGGAUUUCACCAUCUAUACCCUAGAAUUCUCGUCCGAAAAAGAAAAUUUUGCGUAUGGAAAAUUAUUUGCAUCCGAAAAAAUAAAUGUAUCACACGAUCCGUCAAUCACUCCCACACGGGCACCAUUGGAUGACAGAAAUUUCUUAGAACUAAUUGCUGAGGACACAAGGGGAAUCUACAUAGUAGCACUUCCUGGCAAGGAGUACCGAUUAAUUACAAAAAUGGAACAGAUUCAUUUGCAAGCUUUCAAAUUGGCGCAGAAACUAGUUGAUCAGCUUGUACAGUUCCACAUUUUACGGUCAGCCGUAGAAGAGCGGAAUAUUUUUUUAGACCUGCCAAGCAUACUUUCUGGUCCAGAAACUACAGACAAACUCAACGUUCUUGUACGACAAGCAGCCGAAUGUCUGGAAUAUAGCGAACUUUGGAAGACUAUCUUUCCAAACGGUUGCAUCAACGAGUACAUUAUCAAAACAAUAGAAGAACUUGGAAGAGUUCUGCCUCUCAGCGAGAACGACACCAUCCGGUUAAGUUUAAUUCAAGCAUUCACGAACGAACUGUAUUUUCCAUUAAGGGCCAUCAUCCUAAAAGAAAAGGAGAAACAGGAAGAAAUAGCUCUCGAGGCUAUGCUCCGGGCGGAAAGAAGAAAGAAACAGUCAAUCCUUUUACAGAAGAAAAUAGCGGAUACAGCAGAGAAAGUUAGAUUGAUGGAAGAAAGCAUUCAAUCAGCAACAGCAGAUUCAAAGAUUUUAAAAGAACAAGCUUCUAAAAAGGAACAAUUACUCCACAAUAUGAAAGCGGAAAUGGUUAAAAUGGAAGAACAAAAGGCACUCAACGAGUUCCUCAACGACAUUUCAGAUCCGUUUGCCGGUGAUAUUGCAAACAUUACUAAGGCUCUAAUGAAUCUUGGAAGCAUGGAAACAAUGUCUACAUCAGAGGUAGUUAGCAAGCUUUGCAAAAUAUGCAACUUUUCUAAAACCAAGAAAACGUACCUACCACAACUAAAUGCUCGCGCUAGUAAGAAUAACUCCGCGGACAGAAGGUUAAUACAAGAUUGUCUCCAAUACGUCACCUCCACGCCAUGCUUAGAAAUGGACGAGUCCUCUGGUGACAUUGACAUUUCUGGGGAUAACGUCAUCGUUAGCGGAGUGUUACCAAAAAUUCGACAAUAUCUGGAAUCACGCUAUGUCCGGCAAGUCAAGUUUGCCUGCCGUGGUACAUUCAUUUUGGAUGAGAGUCUAAAAAACGAAUUUUUUCAUGGAGUUAACAUAAUCAUCAUUGCUCAAACCGCUUUAGUAGCAGAGCAUAACCUUCAUGUGGAUGUGUCCGGACUAAACGCGGCUUCUCAUAAGGAGUCCAAGGCAAGCAAUGCUAGCAAUUUUGGUGCACCAGGUUCAAACGGUGCUCAUGGAUUCAAUGGCGAGCACAGUGGGGACGUGCAUAUUGAAAUUAUUACCGAAUUUCGAAAUUCCGAAAACCUCACCGUCAUUUGUCAAGGAGGCUCUGGUUCAGAUGGACAAGAAGGCGGGGACGGGCAUUGUGGAAGGGAUGGGGGAGAUGGAGAUGACGGGAAGGUAGAGAUGAAUUGGGCAACAAGCUUUGCUGUUUCAGACUACUGUAGGAUUGAAAGAGGCAAGAAUGGCGAGCGGGGACAGAAAGGCGGUGAGGGUGGUUGCGGUGGAAAUGGUGGGGCAGGCGGGCUUGGAGGAAAAUACGUUCUCAGUGUCAAUGACAAGAUCCACAAUCCAAUAUAUGAGAAUAGCCAUGGCUCGUGUGGUGCUACUAAAGCACACGGUAAGCCAGGUCAAGAUGGGCUGGACGGAAUCAAGGGAAAAGAUCAUGGUUGGGCUUGCGCGUCGGGUUUUCAAUCUUGGAUAGAAACUAAAGGCUAUAAUAUCACUUCGAAGGAGGAAUACAGAUUUUGGUACGUUUGUGGGUAUACAUUACGUACUGGUGACACACCAGUCCGUCCUGCUCGCACGCGAAACAAGUCCAUUGCAAAAAUGUCUCAGCAAAUUCAAGUUCAAACGCAAAAGAACUCCAUUUCCGCCAGUGCUGUUGAAUUAGUAAAACAAAUUGUGAUGAGUCAUCGCCAACAGCUUACUGGAAAAAAUCAGCUAGCGUCAAAAGAGACCCAUGUUGAACAGAAAGUAAAAGAAGGUAUAGCUUCCGCCAGCGGGGAUGUUUCAGGAAUACAGGAUAAAGUCACAAAAAGCAUGCAGACCAUUGAGCGAAUGCAUAAUGAGAAGAUAGCGCUGCAAGCUCGUAACAGUGCCUCGAAGCAAGAAAACCAAAUGCUUUUGCAGGAUAUCAUAGCAGCCAAUAACAUGAAAGAGGAAGCGGAAAAGAAUGCCAAGGCCCUUGAGCAAAUGGCCCUAAGUGCAAAAGACGCACAAGAUGGCGCCCUUCAAAUGACUGCGCAAGUCCAGUCGCAGAUGAGACAGGACGUCGAAACUGCAACGACAACUUUAUCAACAAAAGGUGGGCUAUCCCUUGGCGAUGAGGUCACCAAAUCAAUUUCAACUGCAAGCGAGGAAAACGUUGAUAGUGCUUUUGGAAAAAGUCUACUGUUAACCUGGUGUAUAAACUUUUCCUGAAACUAAA